AUGGACCCUCUUUCCCGUGUCAUCCGAGACGGUGACGUGCCAAACAGCCAGCCUCAAAACACCAACAGCAGUCCCAACCUCCCUCCUCGUUCUACACACCCACACUCACACCCCCCUCUCGCAACCUUCCCUUCUUCUUCGGGAGUAUCUCUAUCAGCUGUCCCCUCCUCUCUCUCCCCUCUCCCUCUUUCCUCCUCACUCUCCUCCCUCCCUCUUUCCACCUCUCUUCCCACCCUCCCUCUAUCCUCUACCUAUCCCUCCUUUCCCCCUCCCUCCACCUUCCCCUCCUCCUCUCACCACCUCCUCCCCAAAUGGUGGUGCGGCCACCACGCGGCCAAUCAGAGCUCGCCAUUUGGCAGGCGACCGCAAUCCGUAAGCCCCCCAGGCCUCCCCCUUGUCCCCCCAUCCGGAUCCCUCGGGGAAAGAGGGGGAGCAGGCGGAAUGGAAGGGGAGGGGAUGGGAGGGAGAGAAGAGGGAACGGAAGGGGGAGAAGGUCGAGGAGGAAGGGGAGGAGGAGGAGGAGGAGGAGGAGGAGGAGGAGGAGGAGGAGGAGGAGGAGGAGGAGGAGGAGGAGGAGGAGGAGGAGGAGUAGGAGGAGGAGGAGGAGGAGGAGGAGGAGGAGGAGGAGGAGGAGGAGGAGGAGGAGAGGGAGAAGGGGGUGAGGAAGAAGAGCAGGUUAUAAGCAUCAAGCCGAUGAGAUCUUGGACCCCUUCCGGCAAAAAUGAGAAGCAGCAGCAGCAGCAGCAGCACCACCAGCAGCAGCAGCGGCAGCAGCAGCAUCUGGACCCUAUGGGUUCUGCCUUUGUGCGUGCUCUUUCAGUCAACCGCUCUUUCCCAUCCCUCGGCGGCGGCGCAGGCGCUUCAGGUGCAACACCAGCAGCAGCAGCAGCAGCAGCAGCAGCAGCAGCACCAGCUGCAGCAGAGUCACCAGCAGCAGAAGCAACAGCAGCAGCAGUAGCAACAGGAGCAGGAGUAAUAAAAUCAGACGACGCAACGGGAGCAGCAGCACCAUUGGAGGCUGUAACGGGAACAGCAACAGAUAUGGGGCUAAUGGGGAAGAUUCCCGAAGAUUCUGCGGGAGACAGGGAGAAAGGCAGGGAAGUUCAAAGAGUGGAAACCCGCUGGGGUUUGGGUGCAAGGCUGGGAGGCUCGCCGCUUGCUUUGGAGCGUUCUCGAGUUCCCCGAACCGGAGCAGCAGGCUCGGGAAGGGAGCCGGAGUCUUCAGCCGGAGUUGCUGGGGCGGGUUCAUCUGGGGGAGGCGGUACUGAGAGGGAUCUGUUCAAGGAGACUCAGGUGUUUCCGCUGGCAGUGUUUAAAGAGCCUGAGUUUUCACUUGGGCCGGGUUCACCCAGGGGAGGCGCUACUGAGCGGGUGUUAUUCAGGGAAACUCAGGUGUUUCCGCUGGCGAAAACCCACAGCCCUCUCUCGGGCUUUCUUGCACCUAUGGCCGGUGGGAACGAGAGCGGUGCUGCUGCUGGUGCUGGUGGCGGUGGUGCUGAUUCUGGUGGUGGUGGCAGUGGUGGUGGUGCUGCUGCUGUUGUUGUUGCUGCAGCGGGUGCUGCUCCUGCUCCUGCUGGUGGUGGUGGUGGUGCUGCUGGCGGCGGUGUUUCUAUGGGCGAUGGCAGCAGCAGCGGCAAAGUUGACGCCGUUGGUGCCGGGGGAAGGGCAGGAGCGGGAGCAGGGUCGACGGAUUUGGGAGUGGGUUUAACAGGAGGAGGGUUAGUUGGAAGGAGUACGUUAAUAGGAGGUUUGCUGGGGGGAGGUAGAUCUCGGGGAGGGUUACUUGGGGGAGGUACAUCCGGAGGAGGGUUACUGGGGGAAGGUAGAUCAGAGGGUGGGUCACUGGGGGGAGGUACAACCAGAGGAGGGUUACUUGGGGGAGGUACAUCCGGAGGAGGGCAUUCGGGGGGAGGCUUAUUCGCAGGACAGGCUCAGUUCCCGGACCUCAGCACGCAGCUGGGCCUCAGGUUCGGGCUCUCUGCUUCGGCCAGACCUGACUCCGGCGACAGGAGAGACGGAAAUAGGCAUGGGACUAGAGACGGGACAACGGAAGGAAAUACAGAUAGAGAUGGAGACAGGGAGGGAGAUAGGAGGCGAGAUGGAGCCAGGCUUGCAGAGAGCAGGCCGCCAGAGAGCAUUGAGUAUGAGAGCCGGGAGCUAGCCCGAGCGGUGCAGCAGAACAGAAUACUAGAAGAGGAGAUCGUACGGCUGCAGGUGCAAUCGUGGGAGCUUAAGGAGCAGAACCAGGAGCUGCACUCGCGGGUGGUUCGGCUAGAAAAUACUAUGAAGUAUCGGGAGCAGAGAGGGGUUGGGAGCGGUGCGGGUGGGUGGGUGCAGCCGCAGCUUCAGCGGAUGGAGAAUCAGGUGGUGGUGCUGACGGGACGGGUGCUGCAGCUGCAGCAGCAGAACCGCGCGGCUAAGGGAGAGAUUGAGAGGCUGAGGAAGGAGUUGGAUGCGAGGCAGGAAAGGGAGUCUCAGGAGGAAAGGGAGGGGGGAGAAGAAGAGGAGGAGGGUGCGCCCAACUGGAACUACUUUGCCACUGGAGGGUGUUGA